AUGACUCCGACUACGCCCUCAUUCCCAGAACCCGCCUCGAACGGCACCAAUGAGGCGCCAUGUCCUACUUCUGCAAAGAAACUACAUGGGCGCGCAUUUUAUGAGAGUAUCGGGAGCCCGAAGUUUAUACUUGCGCCCAUGGUCGACCAAUCUGAAUUUGCCUGGCGUAUGCUCACACGCUCGUUCAUGCCCGCUUCUUCGCCACAAGAUCUCCUAGCAUAUACUCCCAUGCUACACGCGCGACUCUUCAGCGGAACGCCUAAAUUCAGACACAACCAUUUCCAGCCACUGCGCGAGCCUCUAGCCUCCCAUCCUUCUCCCCCCUCUACCGCCUCCCAAAGCCCCGAAGAUCUCUACCUCGACGGAAAUCCUAAAUUCGACCGGCCGCUCAUCGUACAAUUCUGCGCGAACGAUCCAGAGGAGUUUCUAAGUGCGGCGAAAUUCGUUACUCCCUUCUGUGAUGCGGUGGAUUUAAAUCUAGGAUGUCCACAAGGUAUAGCGAGGAAGGGGAAAUAUGGGGCGUUCUUGCAGGAAGAUCAACAGCUUGUUUUCAACCUGAUUAAUAAGCUGCAUAAGGAAUUGGAUGUGCCUAUCACGGCGAAACUCCGCAUCCUUGAGACGAGAGAAAAGACGUUGGAGUAUGUGCAGACCGUAGUGCGUGCUGGGGCUAGUAUAGUUACUAUACAUGGUAGAACGAGAGAUAUGAAGGGUCAUAAGACGGGACUGGCGGAUUGGAAGGUUAUUAAAUGGUUGAGGGAACAGAUACCCCGAGAGGUUGUUAUUUUUGCUAAUGGGAAUAUUCUGAGGAAGAUGGAUAUUGAUGCUUGUUUGGAACAGACGGGUGUGGAUGGCGUAAUGAGUGCGGAAGGGAAUCUUUAUGAUCCUGCUAUAUUUGCAACUCCGCCAGCGGUAGGGGAAGAAGGGAGAGAGUAUUGGAGGGGAGUCGAUGGGAAGGGUGGAUGGAGGAUGGAUGCUGUGUUUAGGAGGUAUAUGGAUAUCAUAUACAAGCAUGUUAUGGACGUCCCACCUCCGGCGAGGAAACCGCUCUACCUCCCUUCAGAUCCUGAACCGGAUGUAGCGCCACCGGAAGUCAGCGCAGAACACCAGCAGAAGAGGGCGAGAGAAGUUGGCGAGGCGGAUGAACAGGGACCGCCGGCGAAGAAACAGAAGAAUGAAAAGAGGGAGAAAACUCAAAACCCUAAUUUCCUCGCUAUGCAACCGCACCUCUUCCACCUGCUACGGGCGUUGGUGGGUAGGCACCACGGCGUAAGGGAUGCCCUGGCGAGAUGCCGAGCAGGAGAUAUUGCAGCCUAUGAAAACGUGCUUCAGAUGGUUGAGGCUGUUGUCAAAGACGGCUUAGGAGAAUACGAACGGACGCAGGGCCGAAGCUGGGAAGAAGAAGUGGAAAAGAAUGAGAAGGAUCAGAAAGAACAGAAGAAAAAUGUAGAAACAUCGGAGGAGGGUAAGGAAAACGCAGAAGUGGCUGAUGAGAAAGAUGAAAGUUCCCUCGAGACAGUCAGGGCCUGUAAGAGGCCCUGGUGGGUUGUCCAGCCUCAUGUAAGACCGCUGCCUAAGGAGGCGUUGGCGAAAGGUAGUUGGGCGUUAAGUAAGAAGGAUAAGGCGAAGUUGGAGGCGGAGGCGGAUGCGGAGAAGAAGAAAGUGGACAUGAGUGCACAUAAAAGAAAAAGGUCUAGGUCACCAAAGAAGGACUAG